CCGCUGUUUAAAACGUGAACCCUGAUGCUACUUACAUUUAGAAGGGCGCUUACUCUUGACUGAGGUUCAACUCCACGGAAAUGACUGCACUGCUUCCACCUGUACAAUAUCACAUCGAAACGGAUGCAGAACUUGAAUCCAAGCUGGCUAGCAAGGGAUUGAAAGUUGUGGAGAUCUUCUCUGAGUGGUGCGGGCCAUGCAAAAGUGUUUUGCCUACCUUCCGUCGCAUUCGGCUCGACAGAGACGAUGAGAACGCGCUGCUGUUCCUUACGGUCUGCGCGGAGAAAUGCAAUUUCCUCGAGGCGGCCAAGGAGCACCGGGGGAAAUCUGAACCCCUGUUCUUACUAUACCGGAAUGGGCAACUGAAAGCAAAAAUUGAAGGGGCAAACACACCUGCCCUAAACCAGCAAGUGUUAACACUCACACCGGCAAACGCGGACGUGGAUGACCUCGAGGAGAACCCAAUAUACCUUGCAAAGAUGGAACGGGAGCGUAUUGCACGCGGCGAAACGGUGAAAGACUCUAAGGGCGGCAAGAAGGGCAAGAAAUGAGAGCGAGUGUUGACAGCGCGUGAAGCUGCGUUGUGCUUACGUCACUUGUUAGGGGCACGGGGUUUGACCGACCGGACACAUGACUAAUACGUACGCUUCAAUGUAGCGAUGCAAGGCUUGCACUUAGGAGUUGCGGGCUGGCAUUACCCUGAGCUAGGUGCCUUCGCAAGAGGCACGACAAGGUCAUUGAGACCUUGCGUUAACUUUUCUGAUUCAGAUUUUUCGGCUGUGAUUAAUAACCCAGUAUCACGACUAUCCCGUAGAUUAUUUCCUUGUUGCAUGGUAUAUGAAUACCGGGCCGUAUCUGAUCGUGCUGGAUGUGUUUAAGCACGGGACGAGGAAAAGCCGAACGCCAGGGCCCAGGCGCCACGUUCCCAGCCGAUCACAGGCGCGGUGCUGCUGCAUUAUAAGCCGAUGCACCCGAACUCUGUCAGACCGAUGUGGAUGUUGGAUCUGCGUUGUGUUUGCCCCCUGGAGCGCGGGCUGGCUCUGCGCGCAUCCUUCCGGUCUUAAUGUCAGUUGAAUCGUACUUGUUUCUUAACCAGGCAAAAGCUGAACCUAGUUUCGCUGUAAAGCGCUUGCUACUCUAA